GGCGGCCCGUGGCCUGCGGGCGGCGCUGUGGCCCGUCGGACGGCCCCACGGAGCCGCCAUAGCCGCCCGCCUCCCAAGACCUAACGUCUCCGUCGCCGGCUCCGCGCCGCCGCUAUGGCCGACGUGGAAGACGGUGAGGAACCCUGCGCCCUGUCCUCUCACUCGGGGAGCGCAGGAUCCAAGUCGGGCGGCGACAAAAUGUUCUCUCUCAAGAAGUGGAACGCGGUGGCCAUGUGGAGCUGGGACGUGGAGUGCGAUACGUGCGCCAUCUGCAGGGUCCAGAUGCCUGUCUUAGAUGUCAAGCUGAAAACAAACAAGAGGAUUGUGUUGUGGUCUGGGGAGAAUGUAAUCAUUCCUUCCACAACUGCUGCAUGUCCUUGUGGGUGAAACAGAACAAUCGCUGCCCUCUCUGCCAGCAGGACUGGGUGGUCCAGAGAAUCGGGAAGUGAGAGCAACCGAGGGUGCCCUUCAUGCAGUCAGUUGUUUGGAGCCCUGGUGGAUCUUGUUAUCAAGUGCCCUACAGCGGCUGGAACUCUCCAGGGGACUAAUUCUUCGAAUAGGAGAUGGAUCUGUGGUCUUUUGGGACUCAUCAAAGGCAUGGUUUAGCCUUUUUCAGUUUUAUUUUCAGAAAUUCUCUACAAUUAAGAUAAUUUAUUAAGGAUGGUCUUUCCUACCUCUGUGGUAUGUGUCUCACACACUGCUUAGAAGUGCUAUAAAGGAGAGGACUGUAAAUUGAACAACCUUCAUAAUUGACUUACCGAUAUCCAAGGAGUUAUUGAAGUGGUUCCAUUCAGAAGAGAAUUUUUUGCAUGCUUAUGGUUGAUCAAUUUUUUAAAAAGAAUGUUAUAGUAACAAAUAAAGUACAGUUUAAAACCCAGUUCUUAUCCUUAAUGUGUUCCUAAUAUUUAUUUUUGGCAGAGGGGAGGAUAAUUAAUGAAAUUUUUAUUUGAUAUAAUUUUAAGUUUGGACCAGGAACAGGGUAAAUAAAAUUUAACUUUUGAGUAUAUGGGAUUUCGAGUGUCUUUAUAAUCUUCUUUCUCUUGACUCAUCAAGAAAACCUAGAUCUGCACUCACCUAGUGAGUGGUAAAGGACAGAAGUCUUUUCAGCUUCUGGUUGUAUUGUGUUAUAAUUUAACUGUGUUUUAGGUGGAAUGUUAACAAGGGGAAAAUGUUUACCAUUGUCACAUUGGGUCAAGAAGUUAACUUUACCACAUGAUGUUUUAAUAAAUGGUUUAUUCUGUUUACCUCA